GCUCAUCUGCAAACGUCUUAGAUCAAUGCUUCAAAGCGCUCUCCAUACAUUUGACAGCAUGCCCCAUUACCAAACGUAACCUCGCUUACGGAACCACCUUCCCGCCCAACAAUGUCUUCUGUCUACAGCCUCUACAAGGAACUAUUGCCUCCAACAUCCAUUGAGACUUGCGUCGAGGCCCAGUUUACAGCUCCCAACGCGGUAAACUUGAUUGUUUCCCGGGGAUCGCUGUUGCAAGUGUACAAUGUUGUAGAGGACGAUGUUGCUGAUACGGAAGUAGUGCGACAGCAGUUGGCAAAGGAGAAAGAAGAGGAGGAGGAUCAGAAUCUCCCCUUUCCCAAACUCAAACCUAUCCCGGAACCGCAACGAUGCAAUCAUCCCCGCAAAGUUGCCAAGUUGGAGCUUCAUGCACAGUUUCGAUUACAUGGAAAUGUGACGUCGAUCGGAGUGGUUCGAACGUCGACUUCUGUUGGGUUGUUGGGAAUGGAUAGCUUAUUGUUGAGCUUCAAAGAUGCAAAGAUGUCGUUAAUAGAAUACUCAGCGGCAACACACAAUAUCGUCACAGUAUCAAUCCAUUACUACGAGCGUGAGGAGUUCAAGAAAGAGAGCGUCACAAAUAAGUUCAAGCCGGAAAUUCGUAUUGAUCCCGAAAAUCGAUGCGCUGUCCUCCGCUUUUAUAACGACCGUCUGGCUAUAUUGCCUUUUAAGCAGGAUACUGGCGUCCAGGUUAACGACGCUGACGAUACGUCCAGCAAGUACCCAUUCCAUUCCAGUUUCGUGAUACCUUUUUCCGCUAUUGAUUCAAAAGUUCGGAAUGUGGUUGACGUCGCGUUCUUGUACGGGUUUUUCGAGCCGACACUAGCCAUCCUUUAUGAGCCCAUACAAACCUGGACCGGACGUCUGGCUGCACGAAAGGACACCAAAUCUCUCAUUGUCGUUUCCCUCGACAUCACGCAACGAAGCUAUCCCGUUCUAUUCAAGGUGGACCACUUACCGUACAAUGCCACUAGUCUAAUCCCUGUCCCUCCACCGGUUGGAGGUUUGGUAGUCCUUUCCCCAAAUGCGCUUAUCCACGUAGACCAAACCUCCGUUCCUGGGGUAGCAUGUGCAGUGAAUAGCUACUACGGCAUGGAAUCCAACUUUCCAGCACCUCCAAGCAUGGAGUCCAUUGGUCAUAGUUUUGAAACAAAGAACCCGCUUUAUGACUCGGCCCAUUUCUCCGAUCAUAAAUCUUUGGGAAUAUCACUCGAAGCGUGCGUUCCGUACUUUUUGAACCCCGAUACCUUGCUUUUGGUCUUGCGAAGCGGCGAGCUUGUGCUGGUUGACAUGGAAGGUGGAGAGGACGUUGGACGUGGAUGGAAAAGACGGAAGGGGGGCGUUAAAAGCUUUAAUGUAACCCGCGUGGGCUUGCGUACGAUCAUGCCAUCUUGCGGGACACGAAUCGGUAAUGUGGAUGCACAGGGGAGGCCGCUGAUACGAGUCUUGAAGAACUUUCGAGAGAUUGGAGGGACAUUUGAGAAUGAUGAUGGUGUUAGCAACUUCGGAUACCUCUUUGUUGGGUCUCGAGUUGCCGAUGCGAUGCUUAUCCAGUUUACGGAAGCCGAUGUGGUUGCAAAUGAAGAGGAUGACGAUGCUGUCUCAAUCUCUCCUGAGCCAAGCGGAGAAGAGACAGGGAUUGCCGCAUCCAUGGAAUUGGCGAUCGAUGAAGAUAUCUUUGGAGUAUCGCCUCAACAGCUUGCAGUUACAUCAUCCUCGUCCACAACACGAACGAAAUCUGCCAGCACCCGAUCCCCAAAAUCCCGAUACACUUUCCGUAUCUGCGACUCCCUCAUCUGCACCGGCCCGAUCAAAGACCUCGUCGUUGGCGAACCGACCCAAUACUCCUCCCACGCCUUCUCACCCGAUAACCCCCGGACCUCACUUGAGGUCGUAACAUGUGCUGGAGAAGGGUUCAGCGGGGCUUUGGGUAUUCUUCAGCGUAACAUCCGCCCACAGAUUAUUUCCACAUUUGAGAUGCCGGGGAUAACGGAUGUAUGGUCCGUUCGGUGUACCUCAGUGAAUGAGCAGAGAAGAGAAUCUGUUGACGUGGCGGAUGCUUCCCUGAUAGAGAAGCUGGAGACUGUUGAGGAGAACGGCGCACCUGUGGUAAAAGAAGCUUUUGACAAGUUCCUAGUUCUAUCCAAAGAGGACCAGACCAUGAUAUUAGAGACUGGCGAAGAGUUUGCCGAAGUGGAAGGAAAAGGGUUUUUCAGAGAGGGACCUACGGUAGGUGUAGGUAGCCUUUUAGAUGAAACUGCAACAGUUCAGGUUCAUCCUCGUGGAAUUAUCGUGUUGGAUUCAGAUGGUACGAGAACACAAGAAAUCCCAAUUAGCGAGGAUGAUCGUUGGAUCGUGGCGUGUAGCAUCGUGGACCCUUACGUCCUGGUCCUAAUGAACGUUGGAGAAGUGAUGCUUUUUGUGAUGGAUCCUCACACCAGAGACUUGCAGAUGUGUCAAGAGCUCAAGGAUAUUGGCAUUACUGCGGCUUGCUUGUAUUGCGAUGAUACCAGCGGGAGUUUGCUUCCUACUAUUAGCGAAGCAGCCAAAUCCGUUACUGCCGCUGCUAAAGCCACACCAGUAUCCCAGUACAAUCCAGUUGCCAAGCUAAAGCUUCCCAAGAAGAAAACAAAGAAGCGAAAGCGUGUCGCGGAAGACUUGAACAGCGGAUUGGACUUGGAUUUAUACGGAGAGCAUGACGAUAUCUACGGGGCGGAGAUAGCCGAUGAUAGCGAGAGUGAGGCGGAAGGGAAUGUCGAAGAAAAGACUGUUGUACAAGAGGAUGGUAUGCAGCUUGAUGCAAACGGUGAUACAUUUCGUCGGGAUGACACGCCAGAUCAAGCUCCUGAACCCGCUGAAGUUAACGAAGAAAAUGUCAGCCGCGUCGAUGAGGACGGUCAGCCGUCGGUUCCAGAACGACGUAUCUGGUGCAUCGUUUUCAGAGAGGACGGUGCCCUGGAGAUCUUCCGCGUUCCAGAUUUUGAGCAAUGCUACUUUGUUCCGCAGUUUGAUCUUCUUCCGAGUUUGAUAUACGAUCAUCCUCAUGUCGAUCCACACGGCAAUGGACAAAGUCGACGACCUGCCGUCAAAUUCGAGGAGAUUUUGAUGAUUAAUCUAGGAAGAGAUAAGAAACAUAAACAUCCAUACUUUAUUAGCCGAACAGAAGAAUCCGAUCUUAUCAUCUAUAAAGCAUUCCUUCACAUUCCGGAUGAUGAUAUCGAAACUCCUGCCACUGCCUUAGGCAAUGCGCUUGCUACCCCUAACCCAUCAAAUACACACUCCCGAGACGUCCUGUACAGUUCCCGAUCCCACCGACUGGCCAUCCGUUUCGUCCGUGUCUCGCACGAUCAUAUAUCGCGGGAACCCAAACUUUAUGCCGACACUGAAGGCGACAAACUCCACCCUGUACAUCAAUACCCCGAGAAGUCGUCCACCCGCCGAAGACGGUAUCUGAAACCUUUCAACAAAAUUGGACUAGAAGGGAGUUUGAUGUAUUCUGGCGUCUUCAUGUCCGGGCCAAGACCAUGUUGGAUUAUGGUUGCCGAGACUGGCGGAGUGGGGCCGCAGUUUGACGUUGUGCAGGGUUUGCAAGCAGUUCUUGAACCGCCCAUGGCUGUUUCUGGCAAAAAUGUGGUGAGAGUUCAUCCCCAGAUGGUGGAUGGGGAGGUGGUUGGGUUCACGAGAUUACACAAUGUGAAUGUUCCACAUGGAUUUUUAUAUGUUACUCGACAGGGCUCCAUGCGCAUCUGUCAACUCCCUGCCCAUUUUACAUACGAUGCCGACUGGCCCUACUGCAAAGUUCCUCUCCGUCGAACACCACAGAAACUUACCUAUCACCACACGUCGCAGACCUAUGUCAUGGCGACAUCAGUACCGGUUCCCUUUGUUUUGUCCAAGGCGCAGCAUGCUGCCGCGGUGGCUGCUGGUGUUAUCGAAGCCGGUGAUGAGUUACCAGAGUCUGAGCAUACGAAGAGGAAUUUCGGCGUCAAGGAUGAAGAUAGAGAUGCGGGGAUGUAUUGGCCGCAGGUCAGCUCGUACAGCAUGGAACUGGUCUCUCCUGUAACUUGGGAAACAGUGGACGUAGUCACAAUGGACGAAUACGAGCACAUCCUUGCCAUCCAAGCUAUUGAACUGGAAAGCAAGCAAACCACUUCUGGACGUAAAUUAUUCAUCGCUGUCGGCACAGGAACUGUGCGUGGGGAGGACUUGGCGACGCGAGGAAGGAUAUUCAUUUACGAUAUUAUUGACAUCGUUCCCGAACCUGACAACCCUCAAACCAACCAUCGUUUUAAACAAUUAUUUGUAAACGAAGAAAAGGGUCCGGUGACAGCCCUUUGUAAUGUUGGAGGAUAUUUGCUUGCGGCGAUUGGCACGAAGAUCAUUAUUCACACAUUCGACGAUUCGGAAAGCCUGACUGGUGUGGCAUUCAUUGACGUCAACAUGUAUGUCAAUAGCGUUUGCGCUAUAAAAAAUCUCAUUCUGGUUGGGGAUAUCAUGAAGAGCGUGUGGUUCUUGGGAUUCCAGGAGGAGCCCCCAAAGCUCGCGCUAUUGGGAAAGGAUUAUCACUCCCUCAAUGUAUAUGGCUGCGAAUUCAUGGUCGACGACUCGUCCCUUGCCUUUAUUGUUGGCGAUGGGGAAUCAAAUGUGCAUGUUAUGACAUAUUCUCCAUAUCAUAUACAAUCAUCUAGCGGACAAAAAUUGAUUCGUAGAGGCGAUUUCCAUGCUGGACAACAUGUCAGCAAGAUUGUCCGCUUGCAGCGCAUGUCAUCUUCUCGUAAAGGGUCGAAUACGAUACCUCGGCAACAAGUUUGUUUAACUGGUACCCUGGAAGGUGGUCUUGCAUUGCUGUUACCUGUUUCCGAGAAGCUAUACAAACGUCUGUAUGGGCUUUACUCGAAAAUGGUGAACAAUCUGCAGCACCCCGCUGGCCUCAAUCCGCGCGGGUUCCGUCAAGUGCCCCUUCAAUCCCGCCCUACAACAGCCGCAACCGCGACCCCAAUGACAGGUCCUCCAGGACCACGGCUGGUACUGGAUGGCGAGCUGCUUUAUCAGUACGCUUGUUUAUCAGUCAGUCAGCAGAAGGAGUUGGCGAAGGGGAUUGGAUCUGUUUCGGAGAGGAUCUUGGAUGAUUUAUUGGAAGGGGUUAGCGGGGUAGAUUAUUUUUAGGAUGAUGUAUUUGGUAGCUGAGGCUUCACUUUGCGCAGAUGUUGAUGUAAAUUUGGACCCCAGCUGAAGUGCUAGAGACUUGCAAUACGCAGUUCAACCUGUUUUGCUUACGACUAAAGUCAACCGGCUCGUUAGCACCGGGACCUGAAAGAGCGUACUACGGUAUAAAUAAAGACGGUACAUGGUAUCGAAUCCCUA